CAACCAUGAGGAUUAUCGUGACUCCUGUGGCUGUAGUUGUGGCGGCUCUCACUGUGGUGUUCUUCGCUGACGCUAAGACGACACCAAAACCAAAGUACCUGUACACAAAGAAGCCCAUACCUCAGGUCACGCUGCACAACCCCGUCACCACCAGCGUGCCCAAGACUCUGAAGAUACUAGCAACCCCAAGCCCUGUGCAACAACAGCCGCAGCCACAACCCCAGCCUCAGCCGACCACAGUGAAGACCGCUUAUCCAGGACAUGUCUACCCACCCUACUACAAUGAAAACACCGAGUCCCCUGGUGUCGGUCCUGAUAAUUACACAUUGGACUACAACGAGUGCUACUUCAACUUCUGUGAGUGCUGUCCACCGGAAAGAGGCCCUAGGGGCCCAAAGGGAGAAAAAGGGCUGGCAGGGUCACAUGGAGGAAUAGGCCCUGCGGGGCCAGCUGGCGUUCCUGGACCACCUGGCUUUAGUGGUCCGAUGGGCUUUAAGGGUGAAAAAGGUGAUAAAGGCGACAAAGGAAACAGCGGGCUAGCUGGCUCACCAGGACUUCCAGGGAAACCAGGACAAAAAGGUGACGCUGGCUCCAAAGGGGACAAAGGUGAAACAGGGCUGCACGGUGUCAAAGGUGAGAGAGGGGGAAAAGGAGAAUCCGGCCAGAACGGGACUGCCGGUGAGAAAGGUGAGCCUGGACCACAGGGGCCCUCUGGACCUCCAGGAACAGCGGUCGAAUUGGGUCCUAAGGGGGAGAAAGGAGAUAAAGGGGACUGUGGUGUAUAUGGGGAGAGAGGACCAAAAGGUGAGCGUGGGGAACCUGGAACUCAAGGGAUUCAAGGCGCAAUGGGAAUACCGGGACUGCACGGUAAGCAUGGCACCCCAGGUCCUGUUGGCAUUCGAGGGGAUCCGGGACACCCUGGACUCCAAGGCGAACCAGGAGUGUCAGGUCCCCAAGGACCACAGGGCAUUAGGGGGAUGCCUGGGCCAAAAGGGGACAGAGGUUUCCCUGGGAUGAGAGGUGAGCGAGGAUUUCGUGGCUUGAAGGGAGCCAAGGGAUCAGGGACUGCCCAAAAACGGUCUGCCUUCAGUGUGGGAAUCUCUCCAAGAAAAUCCUUCCCCCCUUCUGGCUUCCCUAUCCGCUUUGACAAAAUUUUCUACAAUGAAGAGAACCACUUCAACUUUACUUCCAACAGCUUCACAUGCUUCCACCCAGGGGUUUACGUCUUCUCCUUCCACAUCACGGUGCGUAGCCAGCCACUGAGAGCCACACUGGUGGUGAACGGCUCCAGGAAAGUGAGGACACGGGACUCUCUGUACGGUCAAGACAUCGACCAGGCGUCCUGUUUGGUGGUGUUACGUUUGGCGGCAGGAGAUCAGGUUUGGAUGGAGACUUUCAGAGACUGGAAUGGGGUGUACGCCAGCAGUGAGGAUGACAGCAUCUUUACUGGAUUUCUGCUCUACUCUGACAAACCCUGACACUGGUUUGCCAUACUGACAGUUCCUGUAGAACGGUUUCAAAUUCACCAUACUGGAAAAACACCAAACGCGGAUGAUGCUGAAACUAUAUGGUGCAACUUCUGAUUUUCACUGAAUUCAUUGUUUUAUCCAGCAACCCAUCAUGAAAGGAGUUAAAAACCCCUCAUGACCAAAAACCAGCCAUCAACAUUCAUUAUUAUUAUUAUUGGAAAUAAGAACCAUCAGAAGUUGAAAGAAACAAACAGGCCCCCUCUAGUGGCUGGUUUCAGGAUAGGUUAUAAGUCCCGCCCCUUGGACGGUGUCCAAAUUGAAAAAAAUGAAACUCAGACGUGCUUUUUUUAAGGGGUUGACUUCUGUUCAUUCACACAGUUCAUAUCAUUGUUACUAAUAUGUUUGGUUGUAAUUAAUUUGAUGCCAAAUUUGCCAUGACUUGAUGCAAUUUGCUGGGUUCCUUAUAUAGGAAACAUCUUUUCUGACUGGCUUAAUGAACUGACCUGAACUGGAAUGUUUAUUAUGUGAAGUGCCUUGAGAUGACUCUUGUCGUGAUUUGGCGCUUUAUAAAUAAAAUUGAAUUGAAUGAUUGGGUUUAGAUGAACUGGUGAGACAUUGAUCACAAAAGGAAAUAUAGUAGCGCCUUAAAACAAAAUCUGACAGUUUGACUUUCACACUGCAGAAAAAGAUGGAGUGUCACGUUACGAGGUUUGUAGGACCCAAAAUGCAGUACCCAGGAUGACACGAGGCAGGAGAUGAUGUAAAGUAAAAUCCUUUAUUUUUGAAGGAUGAAACGAAGAAUAAAUCCAGGGCAGGGAGCCAAAGUCCAAAAAUGUCCAAAAUCCAAAAUAAACUACAGAUCCAACUGAGACACGAGAAACACUAGAGACUAGGAACGAGAGACUGACAGAAUUACCACAAUGGACCGACACCAAACAGAGACAAGACAGGGCUUAAAUACACAGGGAGAACAAGUAAGGAAACAGGAAGCAGGUGUGUGGAGUGAGGGCUGGAGGGAAGGCAGGUGACACAAAUGAUCUAAAUGGGGGAAACAGAACCAAUGGAGGGCAGACAAACCUAAACCAAAAACUAAACCUAAGACUGAGGGAGGACUCACGCAAACACCGAGCUGGGGACAAAGAGGCUGGAGCUACAGAACGAGAAGGAAGACCUGGAGGGCUGGGGAUGAAUGAAUGAAUGAAUGACACAGGACCUGGGAGGAAUGGACUUUAAAAGGGCUACAAACAUAAGACACAUAAUUGAGACGCAGACAAAGGACACAUGAGGGCGCUAUGAGACACAAAAGGGAAUCUAGAGAGGAUGGAGAAACACCAGGAGGCACAUGAAGGAAGGGGCAGACGCAGACCAUGACAUGGAGACCCAUCAUCCAUCUUUGUGUUGAUGGAGACAAUACAGUAACAUAAGAGUCAAUGGAACUGCCAUUCUACCCAUAUGCAGUGACAUAAAAGAUUUUAAUAGUACAAUAUAAAGUGUUGAAACUCCAAAAUCCAGCGAAGGCUGAGCAGAGAUGUACGACAUAGAGAUAACUGAAACUAAAGACUGGUUGAUUUAGAAUAAGUCAAAAUGCUCCAGGUGAAAAGUCAAAAUUCAAAACUACAGAUGCAGUAGAAACACAUGACACUUAACUAAAAGCCUCAAAUUAAUUCAUCAAGGAUCCAAAACGAAAGUUUAUGAGCAUUAAAAGACAUUAAAUGACUAAAAAUGACAACAACCAACCUAAAUGGGAUCAAAACAAACUUAAAAAGAGGAGAAAUCCUUUCAUUUUCACCAUAGCUAACUACAGUGAAGAGUGCACCGAAUAAGAAAAGUCAGUAAAUUAACUUUACUAUCAAAGAUCUGGUUCAUUACCCCACAUCCGUACGAACAUCUGAACCUAUGCAGUAAACAUACACACACAUCUGUCACUCAUAACCAGAUAUUAAGGCAGUGUGCAGGAGUUUGGUCACCCAACACAACCGGCUUUGUUCCUUUAACCCUCCCACUGUCUUCAUGGGUGACACCGCCAGGAAAGAUGACCAUUGAGCAGGGUUGAUGGUUUAUGUGAAAAUGGUGAGGUGGUGCUCACUCCUCACCCCUGCCACGUGGACCCAUGGGCUAAACCAUCAACCCUACUCACUGGUCAACGUUCCUGGCGGGGUCACCCAUGAAGACAGUGGGAGGGUUAAACUUUUGACUGAAUUAUUUAUUAAUGCUUUCAGUUGUUUCAAGAGUUAAAUCCCACGAUGAGCCACUGUCAGCGGGACCCACAAUGUUCCUUUUCCUCCUCAAACGUCUUCCUUCUUCUACAAUCUCUUAGCUUCUGUGUCCAUAACCAGAAAUUAUGUAAAGAAUUGAUGCUUCUAGUCAACAAGGACUAUCUCUGUGCUCGAUUAUUAAAUGUUUUGUACAUUUGUUUAGCUCCUUUCCACACAUUUUAGGGACAUUUCAUGACGUGAUGUCCAUUUUUAAACCAUUUUCUUCUGUACAGUAGAGUUGUAACAAAAUGGGGUUAAAUGAGAAUAAAGUCCAGCAGUAAUAUUAA